ACAGCUGCAAUCAAACAGACAAAAGGGGUAAGCGUUCAGCCCCGCUUUCUCGCGAUAGACAUAUUUGGGCUCUAUCUGAUAGUCUAUGUGAUUUAAACAGUUCGGGAUAUAGCAGCUUUUGACGAAUGGGGCGGGGUGAUGUCUAAGUUCUUGUAUAAAGAGGAAGCAAGAAGUCGGUACAGUCAAAUGUGUACCAGGCAAAAUGAGCCGGGCGCGGCUAUCGACGAAGCGAUUGUACGAGAGGAUCUAAGAAGUUUUUGUCGUGUGCGGUGAGAGGAAUACCAACGCAGACGGGCUGGAGCCGUCGUUGACAGGGGGAGAAGCGUUCUGUAGCGCCCUUCUGCCCCCUGUCCGUCAAAACGAUGAGGACGAUAUUAGCAUUCUGUUGUCUCUUCUUGGUAAAAGGAGGUGCGGACAAAACGACGGCAGUUAGUUCCCUAACAAACAGCAGCAGAGUAAAUGUGACGACUGACAGCAACAGAAGGUAUUUGAAUAUUGGAGACGGAACUUCACAGGAAUUUGAGUUUCCAGAGAAUACAAAGGGUGUGAUUGUUAUUUCAAGUCAGUACCGGAGCUCCGCGAACAGGAAAGGACGGGAGAGCUGGAAGCAAACGGUUCUGGUGCGUUCGCUGGACACCGAUGUUCUCUCCAUCUUGAACGUUACAGACAGCGGGCACACAGGACCGGUAAGGAGUUACAUUAUCAGCAUCAGGUCAGGUUUCGCUGGUACGGCACCUUUGCUUAUCCAGUUACUAGAUUUGGACCAAAAUUCGAAACCAGUUGUUAUCGAGGAGAGGACCGACUUCUCUAUCAGGGUGGCGCCUGGCGACGAUGACCCUGCCACCCGGCAUUUACAGUCGGGUGGGCUCUCCCACUUCUCAGAGAAUCCGGUACUGUUUGCUCUCUUGCCUCUCAUCUUCAUCAACAAGUGUGCCUUUGGGUGCAAGGUUGAUGUAGAAGUGCUGCGGGGCUUGCUUAAGAGGCCUGUUCCUCUGCUCCUGGGUGUGGUGGGGCAGUUCCUGGUUAUGCCUCUGUAUGCAUAUGGCCUGUCAAGGAUGGCAUUCCUCUCCAAGGCUCUGUCCCUGGGCCUGGUUAUCACCUGUUCAGCCCCUGGAGGUGGUGGAGGUUACCUCUACAGCUUACUGCUGGGGGGAGACGUCACGUUGGCCAUCUCCAUGACGUUGGUCUCCACGGUGGUUGCGGCGGCAGCCAUGCCCCUGUCUUCGGCGUUCUAUGGUUGGCUGCUGGGGGUUCACGCCGCGCUCCACGUACCUUUCGUCAAGAUCCUGGGAACGUUGCUCUUCAUUGCCAUCCCCAUCUCCCUGGGAAUGCUGGUGAAGGUACGGUUACCAGGACUCACCCGCGUGCUGUUGGGGCUCAUUCGGCCCUUCAGCUUCAUCCUUAUCGUGGGCGGCAUCUUCAUGGCCUACCAGAUGGGGGCCUCCAUCCUUGCCAACGUGCAGCCGCGGAUCGUGGUUGUCGGCGUGACUGUGCCUGUCUUUGGUUUGCUUUUGGGCCUCGGUAUGGCGCGGCUGGCCGGCUUGCCGGGGCCCCAGAAGAAGACGGUGGGUAUCGAGGUGGGUGUUCAGAACAGCCUUUUGGCGCUGGCCGUCAUGCAACUGUCCUUCCGCCGUGAGGAGGCUGACUAUGCCUCCCAGGCGCCCUUCAUCGUGGCCCUCAGCAGCACCUCAGAGAUGCUGCUCUUGGUCCUGGCACACAUCGCCCGCCAACGGCUCUGCCCACCAAUUCCUGCCACCCGGAUCGACGCCUGAUUGUCGCUAUGGACCCCCCCCCCCCCCACCCCCUCAAGUCCAGUUAGCGGAUGGACCAACCGUUACAGAACAGGAGGUGACGAGACAUAGAAUCAGCCAGUCGCACUGCACAGGUGGACAAUGAAUGAAUAUAUUUUGUUUGUCAUUGUAUUUUUCUUGUGUCCUGAAACCAAAGGCCUUUCCCCCAGUCCACUUGAGUGGUGUUCCAUUAGUUCCCUAUUUUUAAUCCAGUUUUACCGGAAAGAACCUUAUGUAAAUAAAACAGAAGAGAAAUACUUAUCAAAGAUAUUUUUCUAAAAAGUUUCUUUUUGUAAUUGAAAUAAUUACUUUGUAUCCUGUUUACAAAUGAUCUGUGUAUAAUGGGGAGGAACCUGUUUGAGGGGACUUGGCUUGUCUUUAAGACAGGAUCUUGAAUUGAAUCGUGUUUCAAAGAGGAAUGCUACUGAUUGUUCUCUCUGGAUUCAAAGGAGGGUGUUUGAGAAUCCAUGUACUUGAAUAAUACAGAGUUGAAACAUAAAUAAAUGCAUUUUUG